AUGUUUAAUUUAAAUAAAUUCUAUUUUAAGUCAACGUACCUGAAUGUUCUCCUCGAACUAAUUGAGACACUCUGCCAGUUGCCUGAGAAGCUCUCUGAUGAUGAUUUGGGUGAAGCAUCGGCUGCAGUUUUAUACUUAACGCAGGUCGGAUUCAAAUUGGAUUGGUUGGAGAAGAAGCUGGAGGAAGUAAAGGAAACAAAGAAGAGAGUGAAAAAUGGCAAGGCUGAGCUGCAACGCAUGGAGGAAGAGUUGCAGAAUCUCACUAAGAAAUGCUCAGACCUGAAAUAUCUUUUGAAGAAGCAGAAUGUUGCUCUCUCGUUCAGUGAUGUAGUUUGA